ACCUAUUUGACCUCCUUUAACUUGCAUCAUGUCUGCAGAUCUGAACGGCACCCAGAAAGCUGUGAGAUCGCACCCACCUGCCUUUGACAUCCGCGUUGACAGAGUUCCAAUCCCGAAAGUAGAGCACCCGGACGAUGCGAUUGUCAAAAUUAGGCUCGCGGGUUUGUGCGGUAGCGAUCUGCAUGUAUUCAGGGGCCACGAAGAUGUUCAUGAAGUUCUAACCUGUGGUCACGAAUUCCUCGGUGAAGUCAUAGCUCUGGGUGAAAGCUUUAAACCCGGCUCUGAUCGACGACCUCCUCUGUACUCAAGCUUGAAAGUCGGAGAUACGGUAAUAGCGCCCUUCACCGUGUCGUGCGGCGAAUGCCACUUCUGCCGGAUUGGCUUCACUUGCCGCUGUGAGCGAAACAUGCUCUUCGGUACACCGGCGACUCCGGGUGGUCAAGCACAAUAUGUCCGUGUCCCAUUCGCAGGUGGGACGCUCUAUAAUCUGAGCAGCAUCGCGAAAGCGGCCUCGACGAUGAGGGGUAACAUCAACAGUAUUGCGGACACAUCGCUGCUCCUCUUGUGCGAUAACCUACCGACAGGUGUCUUUGCUGCCUUCCAAGCGCUCAGUCACCCCAAGUUCUUGCCUAUGUCGACCGGCUUGCCAUACCCGCUGAGCUCACUUGGCGCCAGCGCAGAAAGUGAAGCAUUGACGUUGCUGCCUGAAGAUCGUGCCUUGACGAUUGCAGUUGUUGGGCUGGGCCCGGUGGGGAUGUGUGCAUCAAUCGCAUUGCUCGACAUGUUAGGGGCGCGACAGUUGAAGUACAAAGUCGUCGCCAUUGAGCCUGUUGAAGCGCGUCGCAAACGAAUGGAGGCUAUCUUCUCCAUUAUAUCCAAGACAGAGAAGGGGUUUGGUGAGUACGUCGUUGCAGACAUUGAGAUAGGGAAGGCACUGGUAAAGGAAUGGACCGGAGGGAUCGGUUGUAAUGCGGUUAUCGAGGUUGUCGGAAAUCCUAGUGCACUCACUCUUGCAUACGACGUCGUUCGGCCGUUUGGAGGCAUCCACUCGAUUGGUGUGCACCAAGAGCCCAUGAUGCCUUUCCAAGGUCGUCAGCUAUACGACAAGAAUGUGUCCUUCGACUUUGGCCGCUGCCCUGUUCGUGCUAUGUUGCCAAUGGCACUUGAUUUGCUGCUGCGGAGACAGGAUAUCUUUGGAACCGUUGGGGGAGAUGGAAGUUUGAUCGAGAAGGUGGUUAGCAUUGACGAGGCUGCGAAAGCGUAUGAGGAGUUUAACACUGGGAAGUGCAACAAGACGAUCUUUGACCCAUGGCGGUAGUGGUCUGUUGGAUACAGUCGAUAGAAAAUUGUAUAGUGUCGUUACGGAAGAAGGGCGUGGUCUUGAAACCAGUAACAGAUUUUAC